AUGGCGAUCCCGUCCGGGGGGUUGAGUUUUGACGUCGCAGAGGGCGUCUCGACCUCGCGAUGGGUCUGGUACCAGCAGAUCUCGAUGCGAAAGUCGUUGCCCGUCCGUGUCGCGCGCUUCGUCUUCGGCCGUCGCUGCGGGGUGCAGAUCGGCGUGACAGGCGCUUCAAACGCCUGGAGUCGUCCUACUCGCUGGGGGAUAGACGGCGGCGCGCUUUCAGUGGCGCGGACAUCGCCGCGUCGGGUGUCGGCAGUCCCCUCCGACGAGUACAGUGGCGCGCAGGCCCGAUGCACGCACCUCGAGCACGUCCUGAUCCUGCUCGUUAGGCUGCGCUUGAUGGGCUGUGCCGCCUCGCUCUCGGACCCGCUGCGCCACCGUGCUCGCAACGCGGGUCAGCGCUCAACUCGGGGGUUAAUAGUUCGAGAGCUAAUGGAGACAUCGAGACGAAGCGGAGGCAUCGAGAGCGAGCAGAGACAUAGGGAGGAAGCAUAGAUAGAAGCAAGAGGUAGAGGAUAAAGCUGUAGAGUUAGAAGAUGAAGCCAGGAGGUGUGAUCAGGUG